AUAGGGACCGUCCUUUUCCAGUGAUGUAUGAAAGAAAUAGAUAAUUUUUUUUUUAAUCUUUGUUUCUUCUCUCUUGCAAUCGAUCUCAACGAACGAACUUAAAUUUAGAAUCAUAAUAGUUUGCUGGAUUUAGCAGUCAAUCGGUGGUCAAUUCACGAAGAAUUUGUAUGGCCAGGUAGGUGCCUAUCUAUCAACUAAAUAAAGAUGUCUAAUUACCAAGCGGAGGUUGCUUCUGCAUACAUGGACCAUGUUGAUGAUGAUGAUGAUAUGGAGGAUGUUGAUGAAGCGGAUGAUGACAUGCCUGCAUCAGACUCUGAUGUCGACGAAUUUGACUACUCUAGUAAUAAAAUAGCAGAUACUUGUGCUGAGCAAGCCCGGAAAGGGAAAGACAUCCAGGGCAUUCCUUGGGACAGGCUUAGUAUCACCAGAGACAAAUACCGACAAACUAGACUUCAACAGUACAAAAACUAUGAAAAUGUUCCUCAUUCUGGUGAUUCCUCUGCCAAAGAUUGCAUGGCCACACAGAAAGGGGCUAUCUUUUAUGAUUUCUGGCGGAAUUCAAGAUCUAUCAAAUCAAGUAUCCUUCAUUUUCAGUUGAGAAAUUUGGUUUGGGCAACUUCAAAGCACGAUGUGUACCUUAUGUCACAGUUUUUGGUGAGCCACUAUUCUACAUUGACACCUAGGAAGCAUGAAGUUCUCAAUGUUGAAGGUCAUGUUUCCCCAUCCGAGAAACAUCCUGGAAGUUUUUUGGAGGGAUUUACCAAGACGCAAGUUAGUACACUUGCUGUGAGAGAUAAUUUUUUGGUUGCGGGUGGAUUUCAAGGAGAACUUAUAUGCAAGCAUCUUGAUAGACCUGGUGUGAGCUUUUGUUCCCGUACAACUUAUGAUGAUAAUGCUAUCACCAAUGCAAUUGAGAUUUAUAACAAACCGAGUGGUGCGCUUCAUUUCACGGCCUCAAAUAAUGAUUGUGGAGUCAGAGAUUUUGAUAUGGAGAGAUAUCAGCUUGUUAACUAUUUCCGCUUUCCUUGGCCAGUCAAUCACACAUCUCUGAGUCCUGAUGGUAAACUAUUGACGAUUGUGGGAGACAACCCAGAGGGCCUUCUCGUAGACCCCAACACGGGAAAGACACUGGGAACGCUAGUAGGACAUUUGGACUUCUCUUUUGCAUCUGCAUGGCAUCCAGAUGGGCUCACUUUCUCGACAGGUAACCAAGACAAGACCUGCAGGGUCUGGGACAUACGUAACCUGUCCAAGUCUGUUGCUGUCUUGAGGGGUAACCUUGGAGCAAUCCGAUCCAUCCGCUACACAUCCGAUGGGAAAUACAUGGCAAUGGCCGAGCCGGCUGAUUUUGUCCAUGUAUACGAUGUCUCAAAAGGGUAUGAAACAGAGCAAGAGAUCGAUUUCUUUGGGGAGAUCUCGGGAAUAUCCUUCAGCCCUGACACUGAAGCGCUCUUCAUCGGUGUUUGGGACCGCACUUACGGGAGUCUCCUUGAGUAUGGCAGGCGCCACAACUACUCCUACCUUGAUUCAUUUCUAUAACCAAUUUAGUCGACCCAUCAGAGGAAUAAAAUAGCUGCACACUCCCGUGGCUUUGUUAACCGACCAAUAAAAUACAUAACAGUAUAAUCAAAUCCCUAGUGGUGUAAAUGAUGUGUUGUACAAGUUCUAGGAUGUCGCAGAGAGUCCAUUUAGUUUAGCUUUUGAGUGUUGUUGAGGUUCAUGCAUGUGAUGUGUACAUUAGUGUUGAAUUUCAGCUGGAGUUAUAAACUAUUUACUCUGACCA